AUGAGGAAUGUCAUCUUGGCAAAGGCUUCUAGCACUGCUAAUUCGACAGCAGACUGCUUGAAAGGAUGUGAGCUGUUCGUCGAAGAUAAUGUUUCCAAUAUAGUUUAUUUCGUUAACCAAGAUAAUGUCAUUUCGCUGGACUCUGAGAUGUUGUUAAAAGACGUUGUCCAGUGGAAUGACCAGUUUGACUCCACUCCUGUCAAAUUAGAUCUCCUACAAGACUCAAAUGAGCUGUGCAUAAUAUUAGCCAAUGGACAAGUAGUCACAAUGGAUAUCGAAUCUCAUGCGAUAUGCAGUGCGUGUUUUCUGGGAGAAGAGUGCUCAGCGGCAUCUUGGAGCCCGGAUCAAGCUUUUCUGGCUGCUGUUGAGGGGGAUAGAAUCGUCUUCUACGACAGAUGUUUCGAAAUAAUUGGAGAUUGGAAAAUGUCGUGUUCUGAAGCGGGUAAGGACUCGCUCGUCACGGUAGGUUGGGGAGCUGCAGAGACGCAAUUCCAAGGCAGUGCUGGCAAGGCUGCUCGCGAGAAAGCUAAGGAAGUUUCCCGUGCUGCACUUCCCAAUGACACACAUAAACCUCAUAUACAGUGGCGUGCGGACGGUUUGUAUGUAGCUGUGUCGUUUUACGAAGAGCAAUCUGGUGAAAGGCGAGUUGCGAUAUUCAAUCGUGAUGGAGAACUGAUGGCCCGGCUGAAAAAUACGGAGCCUGUGGAGGAGGUGAGGAGGUGA